UUGAUUUUAGAUGGGAAAUGUAAAGUCAUAAGAUCGAUAGGUUGACUGUGACAACUAUGUUUACUUACAGAGAGAACAGGAAAUGAGAAUGGGUGAUAUGGGUCCCCGUGGAGCAAUAAACAUGGGAGAUGCGUUUAGCCCAGCCCCUGCUGGUAACCAAGGUCCUCCUCCAAUGAUGGGUAUGAAUAUGAACAACAGAGCAACUAUACCUGGCCCACCAAUGGGUCCUGGUCCUGCCAUGGGACCAGAAGGAGCCGCAAAUAUGGGAACCCCAAUGAUGCCAGAUAAUGGAGCAGUGCACAAUGACAGAUUUCCUCAAGGACCGCCAUCUCAGAUGGGUUCACCUAUGGGGAGUAGAACAGGUUCUGAAACCCCUCAAGCACCAAUGAGUGGUGUAGGUCCUGUGAGUGGUGGUCCUGGUGGCUUUGGUAGAGGAAAUCAAGGGGGCAACUUUGAAGGCCCUAAUAAGCGUCGUAGAUAUUAAACGUUCGUUCAUUCCUGGCUAUCUAGAAAAAAAAAAGUCAGUGGUAUGCCUUUAUACUUUUACCUGUUAUCUGGAAGAAAUGGUUUUAUUGUUAAUGUAUGUAGACUUAAAAGUUUUUUUUUUUUUUUAAACUUGAGGUUUUUGUAUUUUUCUUUAUUCAUGAGCUUUGUAGAUUAGAAUGGUAAUGAUGCUCAUUUUGAAUGUUGAAAUGUGUUUGUGACUUUAGCUAAAUAUAAGUAUUCCAUAGUACUGUGAAAUCUAUGUAGUUACUUAAUCUCAAUAAGGAAAUCAUUUUGGAUAAUUUAAAA